GAACAUAUUUCACUAAACCCUAAUUCGUAUAUUCUCGUUUUGCCGUUGGUACUGCACGCUCCAUAGUCCAUUAGGGUUCCGGCUCGGGUUGCUACGUGCUGCAAUGGCUACGAAUAUAGGCAGCGGCUGCGGCCAGGCGGCGAUGUUCUGUCCGAUGGAGUCAUCGUCCACCGAAAAUGAUCUAACCGACGCACUCCGUCAGCAGCUGAACUUUCUGGCAGUGCGAAUCGAGGAAUUACAGCGGGAGAAUGAUAACUUAACGGCCCGGAUCUCAAGAUGUCAAUGCUCUGAGGUUAAGGAGGCAGAGCCUACUGCUCAUUCUUUUGCAAAAUCUGAAGGAGCCUGCCUAAGUAUACAACAAGAUAGCGAAUUGUCAGUAUGUGAAUCAAAUACCAACACCUUACACUCUAAUAAUCUUUCUGACGUUUUGCAUAAGGAAGACAAGCAUAGUUUGAAUGUUGAGAGGUUUUCCAAUUGCACGAGCCUUGAGCAAGCAAAUCCAUCAGGUCAAUAUAUUACCACGCAUGAAUGUGCCAGAAGAUAUGUUGCUCUGAAAAUCAUUUAUUUUGGCCAAAGGUUUUACGGUUUUGCUUCACAGACACAAAUGGAACCAACUGUUGAGUCAGAAAUUUUCAAAGCACUUGAAAGGACAAAGCUAUUGAUAGGAACAAGGCCAAACUCACAUUAUUCAAGGUGUGGUAGGACAGACAAGGGGGUUUCUGCAACUGGCCAAGUUAUUUCUUUGUAUCUACGGUCAAACGGAAAAGAAGUCGAAGGAGGGGAGGAAAUUAAUUAUGUUAUGGUGCUAAACAGAGUUCUUCCAAAAGAUAUUCGUGUAAUAGGAUGGGCUCCUAUUUCAUUAGAAUUUAGUGCAAGGUUUAGCUGCCUAAGCAGAGAGUAUGUGUAUCUUUUCUGGAGAGGGUCUAUGGAUAUAUCAGUUAUGCAGAAAGCUGCCCAAAAGUUCAUUGGGGAACAUGACUUCAGAAAUUUUUGUAAAAUGGAUGCUGUAAAUGUGAAAAACUAUAGGAGACAUAUCACAGAAUUUGCUAUAUCUCCUUGCAACAAGUGGUCAAAUGAUGAUAAGCUAUGGGCCAUAACAAUCAAGGGCAGUGCCUUUCUAUGGCAUCAAGUGCGUUGCAUGGUCUCCAUUUUAUUUAUGAUUGGAGAAGGACUUGAGUCCCCAAAUAUAAUUAAUGUUUUACUGGAUAUCCACAAGACUCCCAGAAAACCACAGUACAACAUGGCAUCCGAGCUUCCCUUAAUGCUUCAUUGUUGUGAAUUUAAAGGUGUCAACCUUAUAUGCUCGUCAGCAGAUGCCAGACGAAAUUUGCAGGAACAUUUCACCAAUGAAUUAAAAACUCAUCUUCUUCAAGCUGCCAUAAUAGAAGAGGCGCUCCAUUGCUUGCAGACUACAGGUGUUGAAGAAACUACAAUGGUACAUUGUAAGAAGAAAAAGGGGCACAUUUCUCUUAUGCUGAGACCAACAGAACCGUCUUUCGAGGAAAGAAGAGCCAAGUUGGCCAUUAAAGCUGCUUAUAGUAGUUCAGUUUUCUGAACUUGCUUUCGACAUAAGCCAAGUUGCGUCGUAUAUGAUCUUCCUUGGUUGAUCAUUCCAUGAAGGUGAAACAAAUAAAGUUGAACUUCUUCCAUAUGAGAGUUGAGACACGGUAGGAGAAUGAUGACUAGCAAGCCCUAUCAUCUUCCCAAGUGUGUUCAUCUUUUAGCUAUUCCAAGCAAUAUGUAUGCCCCACUUAGUGGGAUCAAGGCUUUGUUGUUGUUGUUGUUGUUGUUGUUGUUGUUGUGUUGUUGUAUUCCAAGCAAUAUGUAUGUGUAACAUCCGAUGUACCUUAAAGUCUAUUAUAUAAAUCAUACUUUGCAAAUGGGGAGUGAUUGUAGUCUCCCCUUCAAUACAUUGGUUUUUAUGUAUUUGGUAUAAAAGAAGACUAAAUUAUGAAGUUUUCAUUACUUUUUGUU